CUGCGGCACCUAACAGUUGGCGAAGCCAUUGCUAAAAGUAACCAAACUUCCGAACAAAAUAGCACUUCAUAGCACCCUGAGUUACAAGUUUAAUGGGCUUUUGAUUCUAGGCUAUAUAUACCCACACUGUUCAAUGAAUUCCUUGGUGUGAAUUGUUUACAUUGUUCCGCUAGAAGCGAAAUUAUUUUUUGUACGCGUUGUCCAAUUUGUAAUUUCUUUAGAUCAAUUUAUACCAACUGAUUUAUACAGUUAAUAACUUUCUUUUUUGGGCUGAUAUAGAUUUGGAAUGAUUUUACUGUACAAAAUUAGGUUGUUUUAAGAAAGGUGAAAUUUUAAGGAUGAAUUUUUAAGCUUACAUGUAUCCAGAAUUAGCAGAGUUAUACACAAUCCUUGCCCAUAUACAAUGUGAUAUUUUGAAGUGAAAAUCUUAUUAUAUUUACAUGUUCAAAAUAACAUCGAAUAUUUUGAAGACACUAUCUUACUCCUGUACAUCACAUUGUCCCUUAUUAGUAUUCUCGACAGGACUAUCACUAUAGUUUUCUCACUGGCAUAGUACUUGGGCUGAGUUAAUCUUUUAUAAUGCAAAGUUCUCAUAUAAUAUUGUAUGGACCAAAUUCCAAAUGCAAGCACAAGCACAGUUAUUUGUUAUCUAGCUAGUUGCAUUGUUUUGAGAUACCUAUAGCAAGACAAAGACAACAACAAAGGCAUUGUUCAAGGUUUCUCUCCUGUGUUAUCAUGCCUAUUCCUAUUCAAGGUAUUUUACAUGAAACAAAGGGCUUGUAUUAUUUGUUUGGCUUUGCUUCUAAAAAAGGAAAUGAUUAUUGUUUUGUUAUUCUCAUUUCAGGGAAACACUUAACUAUUUACCCCUUUGUGGGUGUUCUGAUGCUGAGUCAAGCCCCCUUUGCUCUUACAGACCCUGCCACAUGUGACACACACCAUACUAGUAUUAACAAUUACUGCUUCUCCAGUAGAGUCGGUGGAGUUUACAUUCUUGGAAUUUUUGUUGCUGUACUUAAAUAAAGCACUUUGUGGAAGAUGCAAAAGGGAUUGUUUUGCUUUAAUGAGUAUCUUAUUUGCUAGUGUAUCAGGUUUGCCAUCAUCAUCAUCACUGUCAUCAUCAUCUGAGUUGUCACUUCCAUCAUCAUCAUCGUCGUCAUCAUGAUUAUCAUUGCUUCCGUCAGUUUCAUCAUUUCCUGCCAGUAAACCUUUGUUGAAACUGUCUGCAAGUUCUUGGAUUCUUAAAGGAAGUUGCUCAGAGCAAAUGGGGCACUUGACACCAUACAGUAUCGAGUAGUUAUGAUCGUUACAGUUUGAGGAACUACCAAGACAACUUUUGUGAAAUGUGUGGCCACAGUGUGGCCUCAUCUGUAUACACUCUACAAGGUAUUUGUUAAUUGUUUGUAUCAUGAAACAUUGUACAUGCUCUUUUUUGGCACCCUUAUGCAACAUUUUUUGAAAGUCAAUUAUCCAUUCAAUAUUAAAUUUUCCAUUUCAAAUUCCUACAUUGUGAGACAAUGCAAAGUGGUAUGUGGAAAAAAUUUAUGAUGGGCUGUAUGUAAAACUAGUUAUUGACAUUGGGAGUUGCCAAUUUCAUUUUUGAGGGGGAAUUUAUAAUAAAGAUAUUUAUGGUGCCAGUUAAUUGUAAAAUUUCUGUGGCAUUGAUUUAUGCCAAAGUGUUAAAUGGCAUGAAAAGUUUGGAUGAAAUACAUUACUAAAAUCUAUUACUUAAAAGUGUAUAUUAUUCUUUUUGUACAAGCUUGUGGCACCCAAUGACUAUUAGACCACUACCUUGACUUUUAGGUUUCUGAUUUGUUGUAAAUCAUACCUUAAUUCAACUAAACUUUUGUUUACAUUUGUCAGGUCAAACUGGCUGAAAUCAGCAGGUAGAGAGUCUAAAUAACUGAAUGUAAAAUAAUUUGACAAAUGCUCUUGAUACAACUCGUUCACUUUGUUGGCAUCAAUUCCUCCCCGGCAGUUAACAAUUGCACCCCCAGCAAUUCGGACAGGUACAACCCGGUGGACAUUUCUUGUUGUUGGCAUUGCCGGUAUAGAUUCUUGGUGAUCCACUACUUCAGUACACAUGUGAAGGCACUUGCUCAGCUGGCUCUGUUUGGGGUCUUUUAUAGACUGGACACAAUGAAAAUCAUCUAUAAUGAGCAGGAGGAAGUUGUUGUUCUGUUGGGGAGGAAAUUUUUAACUGGAUCAGUGUACAUCUAUGGACUGAUAAAUUAAAGUCAUUUUACUUAAACCGUGAAACAGGUAGAAGAAUAUUACGCACUAUUAUGUAUUAAUUCCAUUGUCUUCUUUUGUUUACCUCUUGCUAUUUUGCACUGUUUGUUAAUAUCUGUUUCACGGUUCAAAUAAAAUCACUCUAUUUUUGUUGUUUUUGUCUCCUUGUUACAAGGUCCUUGUGCCUUCUAUUUAGCCCCUGCUUCAUUACAUCCAGCCACCUCACCUUGCGUCAACUUAUUGUUUUGGCCAGGGUGUUGUGCAGUGGCAGAUGUUUAAUAAUGAAUUGUUUCAGUACGUAAAUACAUGUACCUUUAUGGCACUCUCAACGAUCGCUUGUGUCUUGUGAAUGCUUUUUCCAGACAAUCCUUUUUUAUGAUUUAGCACACUUCUCGGGUGAGUGCUAAACCCUAGAAGUGAGCCAGCUGUCAAAGCAUCAUCACUGGCAGCAUGAAAGGACAAGUGCAACCCACAGUCUUGUUGUAAGCGAUUGUUUUUCUGUUGAAAACAAACAAGCAACAGUUGUGUCUAUUACACACCAUGGUGUUUAAUUUAAUUUAAGUGUCUUUCUAAAGUAUGGUUCCUGUUAUUAUUAUUAUUAUUACUAUUAUUAUUAUUAUCAUUAUCAUUGCCAUUAUCAUUAUUAGUAUUAUUAUUUAUUUUAUUUUUUAUUAUUAUUAUACACGCUUGGUUUCUAAAGUAAGACAGCUGAUGAAGCAGUGCCACAACUCGCAGUCUCAGUAUUUCAUGUCUUUUCUUAGAAAGCUGUUGUUUUUCAUCAUUCUUGACUAGACACAAGGCACGGUUGAACAAUCCAGGGGUGCACUUGUUGGCAAAUUUUUCCAUGUCUGCAGGGUCGUAUAGCCGCUGCCCUCCAUCCUUGUAAUGUUUAGUGAGACACUUGUGGAACGUUUUGAACUGCUCAUCAAAAGUUGGCUCUGAAAAUUGAUAAAAAAAUGUUCCUAAUAAAGGUUGAAACUAGUCGUCUUUGUUUUGAAUGUGUGGAAAUUAAGAGUACGUCAAUACAAUACCUUCUAGCUUUUUGCAUCUUUCUUUUAAUGCUCCAUUUUCGCACUGUAAUUUGGUGAUUAAUUGUUUUGCCUCUGCUAGCUCAUUAACACUCUGCAAAGGGGCGGUCUGAGAGGUUCCAUCCGUCCAAGUUAUUUUCUUUUCUGGGGUAGUACAUAGGACUGAAGUAGUACAUUUUGUCUACAAAUGUAUAGGGCAAAAUUUAAUGCAAAAUAUGAAUAUUUUCUAAAACAAAACUAAGAAUGUAUGAUCUGUUUCUCUACAUUUUGACUGUUGUUUGAGUGUAAAAGAAACAUACCUUUCUCGUAGUAGGGGGUUUGUAGAGAGCGUGGUUGGUAAAUAUGGGAGCUUCGUCCACGAGAUUUAGGUGGCCUUGACAAAGAAAUGCACCUCCUUGGUAGUUUUCAAGGUUUGCUGCUACGGUGAGAAUCCUCUGCGGACAUGGCAGUAAACUGUUCCUUUGCGUGCAGGCAUUUUCACUCGGAAAACAGCACCUCCUUUGACUUUCCACUUGCAAUUUUUUUGCAUGACCAAAACAUAGCCAAACCGGCCUAGAGUAGCACGUAAAACAGCCUCUUUUCCCGAAUAAUAAUUAGUGGCACCCCAACACUUUUCUGACACGCUUCUUAAUCUGGAGCCACGUUCACAAACAUUUUCCAUUAUUUAAUCAACUUUGGACUGAAGUUUCCGCCGGAAACGCACGCAAAAAGACCGGAACUUGACAGUGAAGCGGUCGGUGACUAUUUUUUGACAUUUUUGAAGCUUUUUGAAGCGGGAAAAAACGAGCGGCGUCUCCAGUUUCAUUCAUAAUUUCGCGCGCAAAGCAUGAGGCCGGGAAGCUGGCGCCUACCAGUCAGUAAGUGGACACAAGCCGUAGGCGAAGAGUUUGAUGUUUACAAAUCUUUUCCUUUUUUUACUUGUCCAAGGAAAUAUAUUUUAGCGCUGCUAUCUACCUUCUAAGUGCAAGAGGAUCGAUCCUUUUAGAGGUAAGAUUGGCUGUACAUUUGUGGAAGCUUCUCACCGGCGAUUACGUUCGAGUGUUUUCACCGCGAGGGGGAUGCAAAAACAAAAAACAGCAAGCCACAGAAAAACGUACUGUUCGAUUUUUUUACGUAUUUCUUAUUUUGCUUCUUGGCUUUUAGCCUUUUGGUUGGUCGAAUUUUGAACCUUAAAUACUCCACCUGUUUCUUAUUUUUGCAAAUUGUUUAAGAGCUAUUGGUCGUAUAAUGUCUCUAUGAACUACACACUGUCUCGCGCAUUUUCAGCAAGCACCCUAAAGUGUAUUCCUGAUCUGAUUUCGCUACAACUCUUGACAUCGCCUGUCAAUGAGUUCUAGUUUGGGGAUAUCAGAUCAUAAUCACCGAACUAGUCAUGGUUAACUAUGUAUUUGGCUUCAAACUUUGCUCUCUUUUGUAGACUACUUGAUUCGUUGUAAGAUGGUCAGCGGAGAACACAAACUGCCGCGAAAACGGCAACCAAUCAGCGGUUUUUCUGCCCUGCUAUCCUGAUU